CGCCCAGUCGCCGCGGUGGCUGCCGGGAUGCGCCUCAGCGAAUGGUCGCGCCGGGCGCAGCUCUGAGUGACCUUUCACCCGCGCCCAGCGGUCCCGGGCGGCGGCACAAGGCGGAAGCCAUGGCGGAGGCGGCGGCGGCGGCGGCGGCUGCGGCUGCGGCGGCGGGCGGGACGGUCGCGGGCGCGGGCUCCGGUUCUGCAGCGGACAGGGAGCGGGACCGCGCCGGGCGGAGGCUGCGGGUUCUUUCGGGCCAUCUGCUGGGGCGGCCCCAGGAGGCUUUGAGUACCAAUGAGUGCAAAGCGCGGAGAGCGGCGGCGGCGGCGGCCGCCACGGCGGCGCCCACUGCCACUCCCGCCGCGCAGGAGUCGGGCACCAUCCCCAAGAAGCGGCAAGAAGUUAUGAAAUGGAAUGGAUGGGGAUAUAAUGAUUCCAGGUUCUUCUUCAAUAAGAAAGGACAAGUUGAGUUGACUGGGAAAAGGUACCCUCUUAGUGGCAUGAUUUUGCCAACUUUUAAAGAGUGGAUCCAAAAUACGCUUGGAGUAAGUCUGGAGCAUAAAACUACCUCUAAAGCAUCCUUAAAUCCUAGUGAUACACCUCCUUCUAUUGUAAAUGAAGAUUUUCUUCAUGACCUUAAAGAAACUAAUAUUUCAUAUUCACAAGAAGCAGAUGAUCGAGUAUUUAGAGCUCAUGGUCAUUGUCUUCAUGAGAUAUUUUUGCUCAGGGAAGGAACGUUUCAGCGAAUUCCUGAUAUAGUUUUAUGGCCAACGUGUCAUGAUGAUGUAGUUAAGAUUGUGAAUCUAGCGUGCAAAUAUAACCUUUGUAUCAUACCAAUUGGUGGAGGAACAAGUGUUUCAUAUGGCCUGAUGUGUCCUGCAGAUGAGACAAGAACAAUAAUUUCUUUGGACACUUCACAAAUGAAUCGAAUCCUCUGGGUUGAUGAGAACAAUCUGACAGCUCAUGUAGAGGCUGGCAUAACAGGACAAGAGUUGGAAAGACAGCUUAAAGAAAGUGGUUAUUGUACAGGUCAUGAACCAGAUUCCCUGGAAUUCAGCACUGUGGGAGGAUGGGUAUCUACUCGGGCAUCAGGCAUGAAGAAGAAUAUCUAUGGCAAUAUUGAGGACUUGGUGGUUCAUAUAAAAAUGGUAACACCUAGAGGUAUAAUAGAAAAAAGCUGUCAAGGACCUCGAAUGUCAACAGGCCCUGAUAUCCAUCACUUCAUCAUGGGAUCUGAAGGAACUCUUGGUGUGAUAACAGAAGCUACAAUAAAAAUCAGACCAAUCCCUGAAUACCAAAAGUAUGGCUCAGUAGCUUUCCCUAAUUUUGAACGAGGAGUAGCCUGUUUAAGAGAAAUUGCAAAACAGAGAUGUGCUCCUGCAUCUAUUCGCCUCAUGGACAACCAGCAAUUUCAGUUUGGUCAUGCUCUUAAACCUCAGGUUUCCUCUAUUUUUACAUCAUUUUUGGAUGGAUUAAAAAAGUUUUAUAUUACAAAGUUUAAAGGAUUUGAUCCAAAUCAGCUAAGUGUCGCUACAUUACUGUUUGAGGGGGACCGUGAGAAGGUUCUUCAACAUGAAAAACAAGUGUAUGACAUUGCUGCAAAAUUUGGUGGAUUGGCAGCUGGAGAAGAUAAUGGACAGAGAGGUUAUUUGCUGACCUAUGUCAUUGCAUACAUUCGAGAUUUGGGUUUGGAAUACUAUGUAUUAGGGGAAUCUUUUGAGACUUCUGCUCCUUGGGACAGGGUUGUAGAUCUCUGUAGAAAUGUAAAAGAAAGAAUAACAAAGGAAUGCAAAGAGAAAGGUGUUCAAUUUGCUCCUCUUGCUACAUGCAGGGUGACUCAGACUUAUGAUGCAGGUGCAUGUAUCUAUUUCUACUUUGCCUUUAACUACAGGGGAAUCAGUGACCCACUGAGUGUGUUUGAACAAACUGAGGCAGCUGCUAGAGAAGAAAUCCUCGCUAAUGGAGGGAGCCUGUCGCAUCACCACGGAGUGGGCAAGUUACGGAAGCAGUGGCUAAAGGAAAGUAUCUCUGAUGUCGGCUUUGGGAUGCUGAAGUCUGUCAAGGAAUAUGUGGACCCCAAUAACAUCUUUGGAAACAGAAACCUUUUAUAAAUCCAUUACUAUUGUUAAGAAAAAUGUCACUUUUUUUUUAAAGUCUUUAACUAUGGUUAUACCAGUAAUCAAAUACAUCAUGGACUUUAUUUCAGCUACCUUUGUUUGUUGGUUUAAAAUAAGUUUGUUUCAUUCUGUAGUUUGUUUUGUUUCUACAUCUAUGGAUUGACAGAUGGUAUUCCUAAAUCUCUCUCAUUGUAGGUGUAUCAGUUUACAGCCAACUGGUUGUCAUUUCAAAUUUCAGUCAGGCAGCACAAGGCUGCCAGUGGUUAAUUUCAGAAGAAGAUGCUGUCAGCUGUUUUGUAUUGAUGCUUCUUCUUAGGAACAAAGCCAGAUUUUGGUGUCAUCUAUUGUUUCUCUAGCCUCUUUUUUAAAAGAACGUUUCUGGGAAGCAGCUAUCUAGGGAAGGAUUCCACUGAGGAGUGAUAUACAUGUAUGUUUUUUUAAGAGUGCAUUCUAGUGUGAAUAGGUCAUUAAGGGAGAAUGCCCAUGAAAGAAUAUAGGCAACCUCUUAUUUAGGAUGCCUUCAGUUCUGUAAGGUGCUUGGCCUACAUUUUUCUUUGAAAUUAGUAUACAGUUACAAAACCUUAAAUCAUUAGUAUGCUUUAUUCUGUCAGGAGACAUGUUUUUGUUCUCCAUGUUUCUGUUUCUGCUGAGGUAUGAGUUGUAUCACUGAGAUAACAUAUUGUUAUAUCCUAAUUCAUUCAUAAUAUGUUUUAUAAGAAAAGCUGGCUUAUCACUCAUUGUACGUGAAGAACAGGUUUACCAUGAAAGGAAUGUCUUUAUUCAACUUAGAGUUCUAAUGUUUCUCAUUUCACAUUCUUGUUGCUGAGAUGCAGAAGAAGCUACAACAGGAGCAGAAGAGGGAAAACUUCUUACACUGAAUGUCUCCAGUUCAAAGAACUGUUUUGGCUAAAGAAACACAGUCAUCAUUCAGCUACUGAAUUUGAAAACCUCAACAGUUUGAAAGACAAAAAACCUUUUUAAAAAAAAUUAACCCAAACAACGUGAUAAAUUUCCAUAUAAAAGUAAAGGUUCUUUUCCUAAAGUAAAAUUUAGUUUUUAAUAAUGGUUUAAUGCCUUUUUUGAAUUACUGGUUUAACAUAAAUUAAAAAAAUAAUAAUGUAUUAAUACACAUCCCAUAAUCAAAAUUUGAAAUAUCAUAUUUCUUAAACAAUAGGGAGAACAUUAACCACAUUUAGCAAACAUUUUUACAUUCAAACCUGGAUAUUAAAAUAAAUGAAAUGAUUACUUUGAAUCACUGUCUGUCAAGGUUCAUGGUUCACAUUUUGAGACAGAUUCUUUUCUUAAUGCAAUACCUAACUUUUGAUAAUUUUUUUAGAAUUAAUAUUUGAUCAGCUAAUAUGAGUCAAAAUGCAGACUAUCCUUUAAAAGGACACACUGUCUGUCUGUGUAGCAACAGCUCCAAAGUAUUUUUGGGCAGUUUGAUACCUUUUAUAUCUGAAGUAGCCUUAACCAGAAAAUCUAAAAUUGAUUCACAAAAUGAUAUUUUUAAGACUUCAAAAUGAUAAAUAAUUUUUAACAAAUAAAAUUGGCCUCAAACUAAUAAACUUAAAAUCUGUAAGCAAAUCAAAAUGAAACAUUAGUUUAACAACAAAAACUAAAUAUUUAUUUAUUAGAAGCUGCCUCUCUUCAUUGGUGAUUUAUUUUUAAUUAUAAAAUUUCCAGCAGAUCUUUGCUUCAAGCCCUUGAUAUUUGAAAUAGUUGGAUACUUGAUGAGGAAAUUACACUUGCUUCUAGAAUUAUAAAAAUCUCAGCUUUAUGAAAUGCAUCUAUUCAUGAAAGUAAUUUCUCUAAUUGGUGAUCAAAAUGUAAAAUUUAAUACGAUACUAAUAUCUCACUGGAGUGUAUACAUGUUUCUGAGUAAUUUUUUUAAAAUAAAACUUACAGAUUCAUAAGCAGAUCCAUUCCUUUGCACGUGAUUGUUAUAACGUUCUUUCCUAGGGAGUUCAGAUUUCAAUAACCUCAGAAUUAGGAAAUGUAACACCUGAAAUUGUUCACUAUUCUACAUGAACCUUAUGGAAAUUAGUGAUUUAUGUGUUUGUUUUCUUCCAUGCAUGCAUGACUCUCCAACCUUGAUUUUGUAGUGAUGACUACAUUUUGUAGUUAGAAUCAUUUCUACAGGGAUCAUUUUGAAACACAUAAACACUCGUCAGUACUGUUUCACUCUGAUUUAGUAAAUCAGAAAGGCUUUCCCUGCUUCCACGUGCCCACCUCUGAGAGGUGCCUCAGCAUAUACUUAGUGUCUGUGGAGAGCUGAGUUCCUGAAAAUACACAGAAGCACUUAAAACCUUGCCUCCUGUUUCUGAAAUAUCUGAAAAUGACUUCAUAAAAAUUAAAGCCAGGGGAAUUUAUGUGAGGCUUGAAUAAGUUUAUUUAUGUAGCCUAUUUGGUUUUCAGUACUGCAUAACACCGACCUGUCUUUCUUAAAUUAGUCAUAUUUCUAAUAUUUUAUUUGAUGAUGUCACAUUUGGGUUGACAUUUUAGUGGGAAUGGGAACUUGCUGCUAGUGAGAAAUGGCAUUGAAUACUAGAGUCAGUAUGAACAGGCUUUAUUGACCCCUAGAGAAACAGCUGCCUUAAUGUUUGGUGCACUUUACAGUGUAUAAGUGAGUUUAUUAGUCUUAUGCUAAGUAACGUGAGCUUUUUUAGUUUAGUAAGAAUUGCAGAAGCCACAUGUUUAUUGUGCCCAGCAUUUUACCACAAAGAAAGAGGAUUAAAUUCUUUCCUCUCUUGAGGAAUUGGGAGUUUUCUUCCUAAAUGCUUACAUACUACAGUACUAUUACUUAAAAGCUGUUUAUGAAGCUGGAAGCAUUCUAGUAUACAUAGCUGUGUUGAUGUAUUUUGGAAAACAAAAAUGCAGUGAAGGAUGAACUUCCAUCAGUGUGUGUAUUAAACCAGAUACAGAUGGUUGCAAGAAAACCUCUUUUUCAGAAUAUUCUCUUAGUAACUGCUGAGUCCUAGCUUGCAGUUUUGAAAAUGACUUUUGCAUGUUGGCUUCAGAGGUUUUCCAUUGUCAUAUUCUUUUAUAGCUGCAACUUCUUAACUAUAGCUGAUCAGAGAAGCCCUGUGGUCCCAAGCUGAAGUCUGUAACCUUGGCUGUUCAAAUGGGCUGAGUUUGUUUGAACAUCUAUUUUAUGUAAACGUAGAACACAAACAUUUAUUAUGCAUUGAUGCACAAACUGCACAUGCUGGUGCCUGAAGCAGCCAAGGUGGAAUUCUGUGGAAAGCAUAUCUACAUUUUAAGAAGCACUGAGACAGGAGUUAAGGACAGCUUUAAUAGCUUUUUGUUACCAGUUAAUCUUUGGCGAUUUCGAUUUUAAUUAGGGUUUAGCUCGUGGUGGGAGAAAAGCGGAAAAUAACAAGUGCCAGGAUAGGAUUGAAGAAUCCAGAAUCACCUUUGGCUUUAUGAAAGCUUGCCUUUGCUCAAGGCUUCACGUUCCCAAAUGAGCCACCUGUCAAUAUAUACAUUUAAUCCUCAUUAAUUUCAUAUAGUACAUUGAUGCGGAAAUCCAGAAGGUGUAAAAGAUUGUUUUAAACUAUUGAAAUACAGCGUGUAACAUGAAGGAUGUAAGUUACUCAGCUUUCUGCUCCCUAAAGCAAACAGUGUUUGUCUUUAGUGUGAAAUUUAACUGUAAAAACUACCUGUAAUGUCAACAGAUCAUAGAAACUUAUAUUAUUAAUAAAAUGGACCUGGGUUUAAGAGAUUUUUUUCUUCAGAGGGGGUGUGAAGCUGUUCAUUCUUCUGUUUGCGUCUGGGUUUGUCUUUCGGUUUUAGUUUUUCAUCUUCAUAUUUCCUCUGAUUUGAAAACAAAAUUGAUUUUUAUAAUUUUAUUGAUGAAGCAUGAUCAAGUGCAACCUAAAUAUCACUAAAUCCUUUUGGAUUUAUAGAUGAGUAUAUUGUUAGCUAGGUUUUAUUACUCUCUAAUUAUUUUAAAUCAAUGUUAUAUUCCUAGGAGGUGUGUAGUCUCCUGUGAACCUGAAGCAUUCCCAUUUGAACCUUGGAAGAUCCUCAAAGAAUGAGCACUCUUGUGCUCUCCUAACCACAAGAAUUCCUUAACAAACGUGAGUAAGGGCCACUGAAGCCAAAGAACCAUCACAGAAUUAAGUAACUUUAGUUCUGUGAACAUAAAAAGGUUUCUUUUUUGGUUCCCAAAGGAGAUUAUUUUAUACUUUUUUUUUCCCACAAGGAACAAAAAUAACACAUUUAGUAUCAUUAAGAGCAUUUUUCAAAGACUCUGAACUUCCAAAUCAGCGAGAAAGAGAGAGAAGGAAAAAAAAUAUUUUAGUGUGGAUUUCUAAGCAGCAUAUAUACAUGUUUUUAAGGCAUCUUAUUGUUGGCAGUGUUUUUUGUAAGCACCCUAUGAAACAUGUUGUUUAACCCCUAAAGCAAUCUUGUUCACAUAUCCAAAAAGGACAUGAAACGCUUGUGCUGGUAUAAAGUUUCUCUAAAUAAUUAUUUUUUGAGCUAUUUAAAGAAUGUCCCCAAAAGCUCACAGUGCCUUGUUGGGAUUUUUUUUUUUUCCAUGAAAUAGCCAUUAUUUAAAAUGAGUGGGAGAGGAUAAGUCUUUAAGGCCAGAGCUUGUGUAGCAGUUCAAGGCUAUUCCUCUUCAAGAACACGUCAGGAAUGAAGUAGUUGUGUGUGGAAACACAGAAGAUCCUUUCCACAGUGUUGGUUUCAAUCACCUAUUCUAGCAUAUUUAACUAAUUGUGUGGUGGACCUGUACUCUCACAUAUACCUAUUCAGUCAGUGGGAUUUACAUGUACUUUCUUUCUCGCAUUUUCAUUCCUUCUGUCCCAACUUAGUAGCCCUAAGGUGUGGCUUGGUGGAUGCGGCAUACUCAGUCCUGGAGACACCCACUACAUGUUUUGGGUGUUUGCGCACACAGCUCCCUGAGGAGCAGAGCCUGGAGGAGGGGAGGGGGGUGGGUUCCUCUUCCUUAUGUUAGGUGUCAGUCCUUUUUGUGUGUGAUGGUGCCUUCAGAAUAAUGAAUGUUUCUGUUUCUGAACAAUGAUAAAUCUUCUGAGAAAUAUGUGUAGGUUAUAUUUCUUAAUUUUUGUCCCUUUUCGCUAAGCCUGUGAAAUACUUUGGCUCUGAUACAACUUGACUUGAAUAAUAUCUUAUCCUGAGUCUUCCUCUAAGGCAGUGCAUAUUCCUGCCAGUACUGUAGUCAUCUUUUGGGAACUACAUGUGGGUAAGCACUUGUAUGUAAGCCAUUAUACUGCUGUAACUAAUGCAUACAAACAAUUCUUCUCUUUACAUUAAUAGUCUUAGAAGUGGAUAUGUAGUGGGAAGGAAAAUUCUUAAGGGAGUCCAGCAUAGCUUUGUCAAUUCAGACUGAGCCAUACUGUUUUCCAAAGGGCUCAACACAUAGUCUAUAUACUGUGCUUUCAGUGUAUGUUUGGAUCUCCUUUUACUGCUUUUCCUAGAAUGUACUGUUCUAUAAGCAAAUGCCCAUGUGUGAUUUUUAAGAUGUGCUGGGAAAAAAAUAAAACAAUA